UCUCUCCGUCACUUCCCCCUUCACCUGCUCUCUCUCUCCGUUCAAUGCUGUUGAGCCUCCGGCGGGCCGCCUCACUGAGAGUUCUGCCCAUAUCUCCUCUCCGGCGACAGUCAACGCUCCCUCUCCUCUCAGUCCCUACUCCGGCCUCCGCCACCAUCGAGCCCCUCUCUAAAUCCCAGCUCAAAACCCUAGUUCUGUCCCAAUACCGCCAGGGCAAGUUCUCCAACCUCCUCCGGGACGUCGUCUCUUCCCCCUCCGUACUCCUCACCGCCUGCCAUAAUCUCACCGCCCACAAAAAUGCCGCCCAGCCCUACUCACCGUCGCCGCUCGAUCUCAAUUGGGUCGCGCAUAACUUCUUCUCUCUGGAAGAGAUGGCUGCCCAGCUCGCCGGAAACCGGUUCGACAUCGAGUCGUGUUGCGUGGCGGUUCCGUCCUCUGGAAAGAGAGGUAAUUCACUUGUUCUUCCCAAUUUGAAACUCAAAGUUGUUGUUGAAGCUAUUAGGAUGGUGUUAGAGGUCGUUUAUGAUGAUCGUUUCGUUACGUUUGCGUAUGGAGGCCGUGUCGGUAUGGGCCGGCACACUGCCAUUCGGUACCUUAAGAAUUCUGUGGAAAAUCCCAGUUGGUGGUUUACUGUGCAUUUUGAUCGCCACAAGUUUGAUGUUAGUCAUGUUGAAAAGUUAUGUUUGAUUAUUGAAGAGAAAAUUGGGGAUAAGUUACUGAUCGAUGUGAUAAAGAGGUUAUUUAAGUCCGAAGCAGUGAGGAUCGAAUUGGGUGGGUGUUAUUUAGGGAGGGGGCUUCCUCAAGAAUGUGGAUUGAGUUCUAUUUUGAUCAAUAUUUUCUUCAAUGGGUUUGACAAAGAAAUUCAAGAGUUGCGUCUUCAAACAAAUCGGGAGUGUUUGAAUAAGUCAAAUGAGCUUGUUUCUAUGCCUAGUAAUGUUUUCUAUAAGCCCUUAAAGAUUUAUGUGGUCAGAUACUUGGAUGAGAUACUAGUGAUCACGUCAGGGACGAAGAUUUUAACUAUGGAUAUGAAGAAUAGGAUUCUAAGAUUCUUGGUACAGGAUUUGGGAUUGAAGGUAGAUAGAGUGAAGACAGCUAUCCACAGUGCAGUUUCUGAGAAGAUUGACUUUCUGGGGAUGGAACUUCAGGCCGUACCACCUUCGAUUUUGAAUCCACCUAUGUCUGAGAAAGCAAUUAGGGCACGGAAGAAGUACCUCAGGCAGAAAGAAGUUAGAGCUUUGGAAUUGAGAAAUGCUAGGGAGACUAAUAGGAGGAAACUUGGCUUGAAAAUUUUGAGUCAUGUUUUUAAGAAGUUGAAACAGAGUAAUGGAUUUAAAUUUGACUUCCAUCUUGAGAAUGAAGUCAGACAAAUCUUUAGAACUUGGGCAGAUGAGGUAGUACAUGACUUUUUGGGGUCUUUGGAUGAGUGCUGGAACUGGCACCGGAUGCUUUCUGCGGGUGAUUUCCUGUCUUUGCAAAAAAUUAGAGAACAAUUGCCCGAUGAGCUUGUGGGAACAUAUGACAACUUUCAAGAGCAAGUGCACAAAUAUUUGAAGCCUGAGAAGGCUGCAAAGGCAUUAGAAGAAGAAGAGAAGAGGGUAGAAGAAGAAAAUGAGCAAAAGUAUGGUGAAAGAACAGUUGAUGACUUGACAAAGUUGUGUGUGAAAGUUGCCGCUCCCACACUACUUGUAAAGAAAGCAAUUAAAAUGGCUGGAUUUACUAAUCAUAUGGGUCGUCCUAGACCAAUCAGCUUACUCAUGGCUCUUGAAGAUGCUGACAUAAUCAAGUGGUAUGCUGGUGUAGGCCGAAGAUGGCUUGAAUUUUUCUGCUGCUGCUGCAACUUCAAAAUGGUGAAAACUGUUGUAACUUAUCAUUUAAGAUUCUCUUGUAUCUUGACUUUGGCAGAAAAGCAUGAAGCCACCAAACGUGAGGCUAUUAGGCAUUACACUAAGGAUUUGAAAACUCUUGAUAUUAAUGGAACUGAAGAAGUACACUUUCCUACAGAAAGGGAGGUCAAGAUGAUGGGGGAUAAUAAUCUUUCAGACCCAAAACCUGUGGAUGGGGCUUUAACAAUGGCUUUGAUUAGAUUAGCUUCUGAUGAACCUCCAUACCGCUGUCUUGCGCAUUUCUGUGAUAGGACAGAUACUAUUGUUUACCGAAUUCGAUUACUUCAAAAAGAUCUGAAUUUGAACCCACUAGAUGAAAAGAAGUGGGUGUCAGGGAUGGGAACAAUUCAUGAAAGUUUGAACCGUAAGUGUCUCCCUCUAUGCUGUGAUCAUAUCAGUGCAUUAUACACGGGGAAACUUACUCUCCAAGACAUGGACUGUACUUCGUAUCUGGACAUGGAAUGAAUAACCUCCUCAAUUUUCUGAUUUAUCGAUUAGAUCUAAAGACAGUUCAUGGCAUGCAGCUGGUUCAAAAAAUAGUUGUAAAUUUCUUUGUCAACUAUAGAUGGGUUAUGGGCUGACCUCACCUAAUGGGAUUAAGACUUUUGGUUGUUGAGUUUAUUGUAACGGUUAUUGAUUUAUUCAAUUCUUUUUUUUUUCAUAUAAAUUUUUGACAAAAAUGAAUUGUUAUGGAACCAAAUAUUGGUGUAGAAGAGUAUGGGCCUUUGAGUUGAUGUAAAUUUUCGGACAUCUCAAUGUUGCUAGAUUAAUGCUUCACAAAUGCUAGUAUUAGUUAUUUACAUUCAUGAAUGUCACAGUAAUUUGCCAGUAAAAACAAAUUGAGAUCCUAAUGUGUUUUCAUUAAACUAUUUCCUUGAACUGAAUCCGUUGCUUGGGGUUGGGUGGUAUCUUGAUAAUUUUUUGUGAAGUACUAGGAAGAUUAUGUACAUAUAAUAUGUACAUUGAACACAUUUUUGUUUGUUUGUUUGUCUUUUUUUAUUUUUUUUUUCUCUAUUUUACCAAAUGGUAUGCUUAUGUGGUUGGCUUGUUGUAAAAUAUGCCUAUGUCAAGGUUACAUCUGAACGUUAGGUUCAUGAUUUUCAUCAGUAUUUUGAGUUAAAACACUUCUGUCAGUGAAUCCUCUUUCUAUGCUAUGAGGAUGACUAUUUAGAGUUUACUAAUUUCUUUCACAUCAUUACGGCCAUUCCUAUUUCAUGCGGGGAUAAAUUUGAACUACUUCAAACUUAGAAGGAAGUUGAGAUACAGUUAUCUUGAUAAAUUUAUUUCCUGUGAAUUUCCUACUGAAGAUUACUCCAUAUGCCCUCGAAAAUUUUAUUUGGUCCUUUUAUUUCCAUUCCUUGAUUAUCAUCCAAAAAGGUCUGUAAGAUACCAGUCUCUGCUUUUACGCCCCCUCUGUGAACCAGGGCCCAGGCCCUUCCAGUGAAUUUGUCUGGGAUUGUUGCAUGAAAAUCGUUCUUUGCAUGCGAAUGCGCCCACUUCGCAGACUACAUUACUAUUGAGCUGUAAGAUCCAAGGGAAGGAACCUAUUUCUGAACUGGUGCAAGGUGGUAGGCUGCCGGGAUCAUAGUGCAUCUUCAAGGGCAGAAACAAGGCCAUCUUUAUCAGUCAGGUCAAGGAAGUUACCAUGGUCAUCCAGAUGUCAUUUUUGCUACAUGGGCUUCGCACGGAUUAUUUGUUGUGUUUGAUGGUCGCGGUUAAUCAACAAGAUCAGGCUGCACUACAAUCUGGAUUGUAGAGCUAUGAUCGCCAAGGGGGAACAAAGCUUCUAUCAGCCCCAGCCAGGCUGUAAGAACUUUCUCGUGUUUGUUGUUCAGUACUGUCAUAUAUGGAUUCCUGGUCCUACAAUAUAAAUAGCAGAUGCGUUAUCUGUCGAAGCAGUAAGGCGCCAAGGAAGGAUUCUUUUUGAUGUUUUUGCUAUGGUUUGAAAGUACUAGUAGUUUUUUCCAAUCACCUUUAAGAGCAAUUCCUUCAUAAUGUGGAAGUUUAGGCUUUGAGUCCAGGUUUCCAAACCUUAGCCGUCAUUGUCCUUUGAGCAUGGGACUUAGAUGUAGGGAAUUGAGACCAGUGAAGCAGCCUUGGAAGACAAUUCGGGCAUGCAGUUUCGUAACCUUAAAGCUUGAUUUUGGACAGGUUUAUCGACCAUUUCUGAAUCAGUUAAUUGGUACAGGUUUUUGACCGUUUGGAUCCUUUCCUCGAUUGUGAACAUGGUAAAUAUAUGUAGGGUAUUGUGUGAACAUUUUGUAGGGCAGUGUUGCUUCCUUAAAAAUACAGAACUUAUGAGAUUGUUACAAGAAAUAGUUUUGACAAAACGAAAUGAUGA